CAGUAUCAUGAGUAACCUUGAAAAGACGUUGUUCCAGCUCCAGUUUACCGCAAAGUCGUUGAACCGGCAGGCAAAGAACGCGCAGAAAGACGAGAACAAGGAGAAAGCGCGGCUGAAGAAGGCGCUUCAGCAAGGCAACACCGACGGUGCGCGGAUAUACGCGUCGAACGCCAUCCGCAAGAAGAGCGAGGCGCUCAAUCUGCUUAGGCUCGCGAGCCGCAUAGAUGCCGUCGCCAGCAGAGUGGAGACUGCUGUUACCAUGCGCCAGGUGACAGGGAACAUGACGUCCGUAGUCCGAGGCAUGGACAAGGCGAUGGAAUCCAUGAACCUCGAACGAAUCUCCCUGAUCAUGGACAAGUUCGAGACACAGUUCGCCGACCUCGACGUGCAGACGGCGUACAUGGAGGAUACGAUGGGAUCCACCACCGCCGUCUCGACACCUCAAGAUCAGGUCGACCAGCUGAUUCAACAGACUGCCGAAGAAGCGCAGAUCGAGCUCCAGCAUGACAUGGCAUCGAAGGACCUCCAGGGUGUCGCGGAUCUCAGUAGUUCCAAGGACAAGGUCAUGGAGGAAGAUGCUCGACUGGCAGAGAGGCUGAGGGCGCUGCGGCCUGCAUAAUGUCUGAGCAUGUAGGAUCGUUUGGAUUCCUUGUACAUCAUAUUGUACUUCUAGUUCUCUUUCAGGAUCAGAGAUAGCAAGCAGCGCGUAUUAUAUCAUUCCAGCCUCCAGUACCAUACUUCUACUCCCUACAAAUAGUGCAAUCUAUCAGGACAUUUAUGAAACAACAGCCCGUCAGGCAAUGGGUGGUACAGUAGCAGCGAAACAGACAUGUACACAGCAAACAGCAAUAUAGAAACACGAAGUUGGCGCAGCACCAGAGAUGAAAUGCAAAUGCAGCAAUGAAUCCUCAAUAUGUCGUGACGAUGUGUAAAGGGAGCAUGAAACUGAGAACAUGAAGAUGCGGAUGCAAGUACACAUGCAGAUUGCAACACAAAAGCACAUACAAAACAGCGCACGGAAGCAGAUACAAAUAAACAGAGCAAUAAGACAGAUUUAAUCCAUAAACAGCGGGAAACGGACAGUGAGAUCAUCACCUCAUAACGUGAUUUUUUGUCAUAGACGCAAGACAGACGGGCCCACGACACGGGCGGAGUCAGAUAGAGCUUUGCACACGGGGGGCCAAACGCGUUCAACAGGAGCAGAGCAUGGCAUGUCGG